AACGCCCCACUCCAAAAGAUAAGUUGGUUCAAUGGUUUACAUGUACACAAAGUUACCAGUUAUGUAAACUUCAAUGUAUGUUAUUAUAAAACAAUGGUAGUCUGUUAGUUAUGGAUAGUUUUGGUAUUGUGCAAAGACAAACGGUAUUACAGCUCUUAGCGUGUGUGUGCAUUGCGGGGGCGGGUGAGGUCUGCCGGUACCGCGGACCGCAGGGCCAUGUUGUGCAGGUCUGCCCCGAGCGCUGCUGCACCACCAACGACUGGGAAUAUCAAUCAGACCAGAUCUGCUGCGUAUACCGGCACUCCAGUGAGUUAUAUAUGGGUAUUGGUCUGUCCGGCCUGCUGUUCAUCGCCCUGCUUGUCAUCUGCAGCACCUACAUCUGCUGCCGCAACCAGAUCCGCCGACAGGCUGCGGAGAACCGACGCCGACACACUAACACCCGGACACGAUCACGGCACCACCCACCGGAACACUCAAUAGCAGUGUUCACCACCCAGCGUCCACCUGCUAGUGGCCAGGUUGAACCACCACUACCACCGCCGUACGACGAUACAGCACCGCCGCCAUAUUUGCUUCCCGGCGAAACCGGAAGUGACUCCAUGAAGGACAAUCAAAUAUACCCUGCCGAACCUCCACCAAAAUAUUCUCUGAUCGCUAGUGAAAAUUAAAACACAAAUAUACUUAAAGGGUCCUAAAAUACAAGCGAGCGUAAAAAACAACAACAAAUGAAAUGUACAAUUGAGAAACUACUACUUCAAAAAUUAAAAUCUGUGUUUAUGUUGCGUAUCAUGACUUACAAACAAAAUGAACAUGAAGAAUGAGAAGGAACUAGUAGCAAUUGCCAAACAAUAAGAGCUAUGGACGCUGAACGCUCUCUUUGAUUCUAUAUUGUUAUAAGUUAUUGUAUAGUGUUAUGUCGUACAUAUAUUUUGCAUUCAAUAUUUAUGUGAAUAUUGAAAGUGUGAUGAUACACACCUGCAUAUAAACAGGUGAUGCAUACAUCUAGCAACUUAACUAUAUAAAGGCAAAACGUUCUUUAUAAAAUAUGAUAAAAAUACAAAGACAUGUAUGUAUGUUCGAAAUCAAAUUCGGCCGUUGACAAUAUCAGAAGGCAUUAUUUCACGGAGCGGGCCUCCCUGAAUAUGCUGAGUUUUGCGUUUUUUUCUUAUUUUAUAUAAGAAUGAUUGAGAUUGUUAGACAUAUGUAUGUUUUGUUGUCAAUAACAUCUAGCUAUUACUUUGUUUUCUUCCAACAGUGAAAAGUUACCUACAAAAGCUGUUGGUAGAAAGAGGAACAUGUUUCCAUACUAGUAAAAACUAAUUAUAAUAUUGUGCCGGACUGGGAACGCGAUUUUGGCACAGUCAUGGCGCACAUUAUAUAUUUUUGGAGCAAGAGUAUGUAUGGGACGUUCAUGUUGUCAAUCAACAAAGUCAAAAUAAAUUGUUUUAUACGUUUGAAGUGCAGUACCAUUUUAACCAUAAUACUAAAUGGAUGGAUGUGCGCGAAAAGCUUUUCAAAUAAUUGACCCCAUUGGCAUACAUUUGUAUAUAUGAGUGCUAGUGUGUAUACACAUACAAAUUAAAAUAUAUAUAGCCGUUUGAAAAUUAUCCUGAACGUCUAUUUAGCUUUGACCACAAGAUGCUACUGUAUAGUAAGUUCUGUAAAAUUUUCAAGAGAGAUAACUUGGUCCCAAAAUCAGAAAAAUACUUUCAAGAGGCCAAUCUCAGUCUCAACUCAUUUUAUCUCAUAACAGCUUUAUAUCAUUAAAAAACCUAUACAGUACUGUAUGUUUUACCCUUUUUACCGAGCAUUUCUUCAUAGUUUUUGUUGAUUGAACAGCUGUGUUCAAUAAUUUCUAAAAAAAAAUGUUGAGAGCAAAAACUGUACUGCCCGCAGAUAUACCUGCUAAGACUGAAGAUGAACCCGACACGUCCCCAAAAAGAAAUCGAAAGACGAAGUAAAAAGACGAUUUUGAGUCUAAUUAAUUAUUUUUGAGUUUUACUCAAGUAUUUUUGUGCUAAAGAGACGGUUCUUUUCUGAAUAUUGAACAAUGAUCUUACUCAACACAAUGCACAAGAGAAAGAGAUUUAAAAAUAGUAAAACAUUCGACAUUUUGAAUAAUGUAAUACUGAAAUGAGGAAAAAUGAGUAGAGAUUGAGAUUUAGAUUUGACAUGAGCAUUUUCGUGAUUUAGGCCUGCUGUUUGGAAGUUUAACAUAUAUAUACCAGUACAUAUAAGAAUGAAUGGCGGAUGGGAUGAACGCAAAAUCUGCAAACCCCACACAGCGGUCAUAUCUAGUAGAUAUUGGUAAGGGGAGGUCACAGGCAGGAGAUUGUGAGCAUAAUUGCAGCAUUAUGUUGACUGCAACCUAUUAUUCAAUAAAAAAAAACACACAACGUAAAUACUUGUUUUUAAUUUAAAGCUGUGGCAAGUGGAUUGUAUUCAAGAAUUCUAAGAGAUGGAUGCAGGGACGUUGGUGUGGGCCAAGCUGGAGGGUCACCCUUGGUGGCCUGCCAUGGUAUCGCCUAGUGUGCAGGGUGCAGUCACUAAGGCAGACAAGACACAUGUCUGCUUCUUCUCUAACCCCCUUACAGUAGCUUGGAUCAAAGAAAAGUGGUUGAGUGCAUUCAAAGGUGUGAGUUCCCCAGAGUGUCAGACAGGCGGCAAGUACUUCAGCACAAAGAAGACAUUCACUUCAGCCCUGGACGAGGCAGGCAGGGCAGAGUUUCUCUCUAAACAGGAGAGAUUACAGAAGUAUAAAGUGGAAUUAAAGAAACCAAAAGCGGGAACUAAACAGAAAAAGACUGGAGUAGAUGGUCCUGAACCAGAAAAAAAGAAAAUAGUGAAGACAAAGGCUCCCAUCCCAAAGCCAGGCCUGAAGUCAGGAUCUAAGUCAGGACCUAAGUCAAGACCUAAUCCAGGCCCAAAGUCAGGAUCUAAGCCAGGACUGAAGUCAGGACCUAAUACAAGCCCAAAGUCAGGACCUAAGCCAGGACUGAAGUCAGGACCUAAUCCAGGCCCGAAGUUAGGGCCUAAGCCAGGACCAAAGAUAGGACCAAAAUCAAAAGUCAAGAGAGGAACGGCUGUUGUAAAAGAAUCAUACAGUGCAUCCGGACCUAUUCCAAAGGCUUGGUCGACGUCAUUUGUUCUUAUGAAUACCGCAGACGUUCCAGAGAAUCUGAUGUUGGGACAAUACUUAAAGGUCCCUACACACAGUUCAAGUUUCACAAAGAUUAAGAUUGAGAUGCCCGACGACUUUGACCAGGCAAAAGUGGACAAUGAAGACGAUGACGAUGAGGAGGAGGUGAAUGACUUUGACUCUGAGGAUGAGCUUAAUGAUUCUGAUGCAGACCCGCAUUACGAUCCUGAGGAUGGAACUGACAAGAUGUCUGAUGAAGAAAUUCUUAGGGAGGAGUCUGACUUUGACUCCGAUGAAGACCCUGGCUGGAGCCCCUCCAGCAAGAAAGCUUCCUCCAUGAAGAGAAAGAAUGUUUCAAAGUGUCAGAAAAAUGGUGCAAAGAAGAGGAGGGUGGCAUCUAGUUCCAGUUCUGACAGUGAAGAGGAAACAAGCCAAGACUCCUCUCCCAAACCUGCCUCAAAGAAAACCAGUAAAGUGAAUCAUUCGUCAAGCAGUAAUGCACCCUCAGGACCUCGCAACAAUCUUAUCAUUACUGACAAUGCUCCCACAGGACCCGAGCCUACUAUUGGUGACUUCCUGUUGGAGAAGGCUGAAUGUCCGGAUGGAAGCAUCCCGUUCCUAUGGCGAUAUAAGAAGGGUGGGCUCAUACAGAAGUUUGAGAGGAAAGAGGAGGAGGGCAAAGUCUUUUAUGAGAAUAUUAUGAGUUAUUCUGACUGGUGGGCUUGCUAUGCCCACAAGUACCAGAGAGUUGAUGUACAAGUGCUGUUUAAGUUCCGUAAUGUGGAGAAGGUAGCCCUGGUCAACAAGCCCACCAUACUGCCCAGCGAGCCUGUCCCUACAUCCACUGAAAGUGAUCCAGCAGAAAGCAGCGGGAAUGAGAAGGGAACGGAAAGUGAAGGGGGUAGGACUGGCUCCCCCCAGGCUCAGGAUGGCGAAGUUACCUCCACCACACCUGAAGUUAAUACAGACAAAGGCGAUAAACAUGAAAUCCCAUUCGCUGUCGGUUCAUUUGUGAUGGACAAGAAGGACCUUCGUAAUGUGGACAAUUUCCCCAUCUGGAAGAUAGAGAGCCAAAUCCUCAUCAAAAAGUUUGAUGCUGUCAUUAAGAAGGGAAAAAUGCUACACAAAGCUGUCAAAACUUAUCGAGGAUAUAAGGACAUUGGCAAGCAGUAUGUGUCUGUGGAGGUACGGAAGUUGUUUGACUUUCCCGGGGAGGACAUUGUCGAGGUGCUGGAGGAGUCCAGGCCAAAACUAGACCUCAACACCAGUAUGGAGGAGCAAUAUGAAAAGAAUCCUCUCCUGCGUCACUUUUAUGUGUACAUGCAGGUUCUGCUCAGCCAGGCCCUCGAACCCGGCUUCCUCGACGAGGUCAUCAAGAAAGAUGACCCCACAUACAUCGAGCCCAUGAAUGAGGUUAACAAGCUGGUACAGCAGAAGAUGGCCAAUAUCGAGAGGAAGGCCCGCUGGGCAGAUGACAUCAAAACUGCCUUAAACAAAUGUUCAUAUCAGCGAGAUGUCCAUAAACCAGACAACAAGAAAAUAUGUGAGGCGGUGGAGGGCAGCGAGGACUCGGUGACAAACACUGUGUUCCUGUUUGGUGUCAACUAUAACCAUGACACCCUUAACAUAUCCAGUAAAUCACACCCUUGCCAGGAGUUCAGAGUGGGGAAAACAGCCAUGCAGUAUAUUACACCUUACCAUCAGCUGUGUCACUUCAAAUUCAACUUGUAUGACAAAUGCAAAGCAAAGGUCAAACUGGUGAAGGAGAAAGAAGGACUGAAAGAGGUGGAGAAGAUUAUGGACAUGUGUCUUGGUAACAAGGCCUGGGUCUUGCAGAACUUUGAGGACUUCACCGCUCUAGUUGAAAUUACUUAAGCAGUUGUAUGUGAGCUUCCACCAAAAACUAAAAUCUCAGGAUGAAGGAUCUAUACUUGAAAUGAACAUCUUGCUGCAAUGUGAUCACUACUAAUGUGUGGAAAGAGACAUACAAACGAGAGAAUAUCCUCACAAAUCACACAGUUGGUUUACUUGCACCAUGUUGACUGGUUCCACUGUUCAGAUGGUAUCUUGUUCCACUGAUUUCUACUGCCAACCAAACGUUGGGUACCUUGCUGUUUGAGCUGAGCAAACUCUUUGUACAUAGAACUAUGAUGAAAAGAUCAUGUUGUAUUCGAAUUGUCAUACCAGGUACAUGUACAAGAACAUGCUAAUACAUGUGUGGUGAUUAUACCGAUACGCAGGGCUGUCUCUCAGUUCUAGGGGAUUUUGAAUUAAAAAAAAACCCAACCUUUUCUUAAUAUAUAAAUUUUUGAACCUGUAAGCGAAAUGCAGUGUUAUAUGGACUUUCAGAUUAACAUAAGUAAUGACUGCAGGCAAAAAUGACGGAAUACUGCAGGUUAAAAAUUCAUCUAUAUGUUUGCUAUUUUUAUUAGUUUUGAUAAAUAUUUUUCCUAAAUGGGAAUUUUGAAAACAUAUUCUGUUUAAGGUGUUGAAUGAGGCUGAAUAUCUGUCCUAAAACAAGAAAAAUACAGCCCUGAUACUUUACAGCUAUGUGCCAUUCUUUCUUGGAUGGUAUGAAAUUAAAUGUUUUGUUCUUUUUGCCAAAUUGUUCAAUGUUGUUGUCUGUGGACUGAUAAACUGAAUUGCAGUAUACUUUUUGCAGCUCUAUUGUCAAAAAACAACAUAAAAGAUAUGUUAUUGGCCUAUCAUUUAGGCUUACUGAAGACAAUUUUCAACAACUUUUGAGUCAAAUUAUUAUUGUUUGCUUUAUGACGCCUGUUUCAGUUUCACUCACACUGACAGAAUUUUUUCUAUAUAUACUCAAUAUGUAAUAAGUGCUUAGGGCUAUUCCAGUAGAACAUAUUAUCCCCUGGGAGAGAAGGCAAUUAUCUAAAUAGUGUACAGGUGGGUGUCUUUUUUGAAAGGGUAAAUUUGCUUUUGUAGGGGGGUGGUAUAUUUUAAAAGUGCCUUCCCCUCCGGAGGUUAUAUAUUUAAAUGGAAUAGCCCUUUAUUAAUAAUAGGUAAAAUCUUGAUGUUUAAGAAGGUCAACACUUCUUAGUCAUUUAGAUUUUACCCAAUAUGUUCUUAGACUAAAUGUCUUAGAUUGUAACCUGUUUUAUGACAUCAUGUCUGCUAUGUUGUAAAACUACAAAUCUUGGCAAUUAGGAUAGAUAAAUAAGGCCGAUAUGUGUUUUCAUUGGCCCGCAAUGUAGGUAUAAAUAAUUUUAAUAGUAUCUAUGUAUAAAUGACCACAUAAACAACAUUGAAAUUGAUUUGUGUGCAUUUUUUUUAUUUGAUUAGUUAGCACUGCAUUGCAAUAGUUUGGAAUAUCUUAGAUAAUAGAUACCA